UCAAGAGUGGGAAUGUGGAAGGGAAAUGGCCCAGGUGGGGAGCAGGAAGCAGCCAUCCAGGGGACAGGGGGAGAGCUAGGGGGACAGGGGACCUGGGGCCUGGAAGAUGCCCCAGGCCUCUUGGCCAGGGCCUCCCUGCCCAUCAUGCUCUGGCCUCUACCCUUGGCCUCUUCAGCCCUCACUUUGCUCCUUGGAGCCCUCACUUCCCUGUUCCUUUGGUACUGCUAUCACCUGGGCUCCCAAGACAUGCAGGCCCUGGGGGCUGGGAGUCAGGCUAGGGGGGUUAAUGGUGGGUCUGGGGGAUGCCCUGAAGCAGGCAGGCCAGGCCUGAGGAACUCUGGAGACCCUACAGAAGGUCCUGGGACGGAAGGUCUAGUGAGCCGUCGACUUCGGGCCUAUGCUAGGCGCUAUUCCUGGGCUGGGAUGGGUAGGGUGAGGCGGGCAGCUCAGGGUAGCACAAGCCUUGGAGGCGGUUCAGGGGUCCUGGGCAUUCAACGUCCAGGUUUGCUUUUCCUACCAGACUUGCCUUCAGCCCCUUUUGUGCCCCGGGAUGCCCAACGGCAUGAUGUAGAGCUUCUAGAGAGCAACUUCCCUGCCAUCUUGCGGGAUUUUGGGGCUAUAAGCUGGGACUUCUCAGGGACUACUCCUCUGCCUCGGGGCUGGUCCCCACCCAUAGCCCCUGGGUGCUACCAGCUCCUGCUGUACCAAGCAGGCCGGUGCCAACCUAGCAACUGCCGUCGGUGCCCUGGAGCCUAUCGGGCACUGAGGGGGCUUCGGAGCUUCAUGAGUGCCAACACCUUCGGCAAUGCUGGCUUUUCUGUCCUUCUGCCUGGGGCCCGGUUGGAGGGCUGCUGUGGACCCACAAAUGCUCGGGUCAGAUGCCAUCUGGGCCUGAAGAUUCCUCCUGGCUGUGAGCUGGUGGUCGGGGGCGAGCCCCAGUGCUGGGCUGAAGGACACUGCCUCCUGGUGGAUGAUUCCUUCCUGCACACAGUGGCUCACAAUGGCUCCCCUGAAGAUGGGCCUCGAGUAGUCUUCAUUGUGGACCUGUGGCACCCUAACGUGGCUGGGGCAGAGCGCCAGGCCCUUGACUUUGUUUUUGCACCUGACCCUUGAAGCAAGGUGUGCCCUUCAGACACCUGGGAUGGAGAGGUGCUGCCCUCAGGGAUGCAGGGACAGCACAAAUGGCAGCCAGGACCUCCUCUUCACUUAAGGGAUGAGGUGGGGGGAAUGCCAAGGGUAAGAAUUGGCUGGUGAGCCUUGAAAUAUAAAUUCUGAAUCCUCUCUCAACUCCUGACUGCUUUCUUCCCAGCUACCAGCCCAGGGAAGUGCUUGGGGCAGGGGCUCCUUUGUCUUCUGUGGUAAAAGUAGCCAGGUAUCUCCUUGACAUGGUCCUCCCAAGGGUCUCCCUGGAAGCCAGGAGCAGUGCCUUAACUCAACUUUAUUCCAAUAAUUUAAUAGAAAAUUAAAAUAAUAAAUAAUAUGAAACAGAACAAGAAAAUAGCUGAGCUGGAGCAGGACCAGGCCAGCUUAGUACACCGUUAAGGAGGUAGGGAGGAUGAUGGGGGUAGGAGGGAGGCUGGAGUAGGAGGUGGCUCAGAACUCAGAACUUGGUGGAUGUUACUAAGGGCUGGCUCAAUACUUGAAUACAUACAAUGUACUU